AUGCUUGCUACAAUGGGAUACAUUACCCCCGAGAUCACCGGAAAAUUCCCGGGCUAUUUGAGCCCUUCCGCUGGUCUGAAGUUCGCCGACGUGCCCAAUGGCCUGGCCGCAAUUUCCAAAGUUCCUGCCGCUGGGUGGGGUCAGAUCUUGGCUUACAUGGCCUUCUGCGAGGUGUCCCAGGACCAGUCGGCGGGAACUCCUGCUGCGGCGGGUGACUUCGGAUUCAAGGUGCUCACCGCAUCCGACCCGGAGGCGAAGAAGACGAAGCUAGCGGCCGAGUUGGCGAACGGACGACUGGCGAUGAUGGCCAUCAUCGGCAUGUUUUUCCAG